UUAGGGGGGGGAUGCUCGCUCAUAUCCCCCCCCCAUCCCCGGAGGAGGCGGGGAAGGGAGGCGGGGAAGCUUUAGCCGAUGGCAGCGACUCCCCGGCGGCGAAUGCCAGCGGCAGCCGGGCGAUGGCGAGGAGCCGGGCGAUUUCCGAAUACACCGAGGCUGAAGAUAAGAGCAUGCGGUUGGGUUUUCUCCUUAUCGCCGCCGGGUUGUUCUCCCUCUUGGGUUUGGGUUGUUGCUGGUUACGGCCGGCCUUGCAGGAGCGGGGGGGGGGCAGCUCCGCUAAUUGCACCGUGCUGGCGGUGCGGCAGCUCGGGGAACGGUUUUUUUGUACCUUCUCCUGCGGGACAGCCUGCCGAGGGACAGCCCGCUACCCCUGCCUCCAGGUCCUGGUCCGUACCUCCCGCUCCUCAGCCCCCGCUCUGCUCCAUGAGGACGAACGACAGCUCCGCACGAACCCGAAGUGUUCGUACAUCCCUCCCUGCGCAAGAGACGAUCAGGAGAACUCUGAGAACGUCACGUACAAGCAGAAAUACUGGAAAGAGAAAGUGGGUUCGCAACCAUUUACAUGCUAUUUUAACCAGCACUUGAGGCCAGAUGAUGUGAUGCUGAAGCGCACCCACGAUGAGACCGUCCUCUUGCACUGCUUCCUCUGGCCUCUCGUUACGUUCCUGGUCGGAGUCCUCAUCGUGGUCCUGACCAUCUGUGCCAAGAGCUUGGCUGUCAGGGCAGAGGCAAUAAAAAAGAAGAAGCAUUUGUAAACGGCAAGGCUGCUGAUGGAAAAGAAAAAGCUGCCAGAAGGUCUCAAGCGGGGCAACUCGACACACCUGCAGCUCUGCGGGGCACCCAGCUGCGCCUCCCACCAGGGUCUCAUCUGACGGUGGAGUUGCUCUUUUGCCUCAGGAUUAUUCUUGGGAGACUGCCCCAUGAAAUGUCAGCUAGUUGCUUCUUCUGCUAUGACAGUGAAUAAGUAUAUUCUACCAAAAAAAUCGACACUGCACCAAAUACGCUGUGCGCUGUUAGUCCCUGACAGCAGCUACCCGGGUCCUAGCAGUAUUGAGAGACAGUUUAUCAAGCCCCCUGAUGAUGCUCAUUUCAUCUACACAAAGUCCUCUUUACUAUUGUUUAAUAUUAGACAUUUAAAAUAUUUACUUUAUGAUAGACUGUAUUUCCAAAAUAAUAAAGUUUGGUUGUUUGGGGGGUUUUUUUAACCUUUGUUUUGUUUUUUUUUUUAAAAAGCUUUAAGACAAAAAUAACACUGCUGAUUUGGGGGUUUUUUUUCACUGUAUAGAACUUCAUUUUAAAACUCAAACUUUAACUUCUGUCUAGACGAAAUCUUUCAUCAUCACCUGUUCAUUGUGAAGAAAUGUAGCAAUCUCUCAGAAAUACUUCUCCAAAAAAUGAAACAGUUAUUGGAAAAGGUGAU